AUGUCUGAAUUUUCGGCCACUACCAAGCCGGACGGCUCCCAGGACUUGAUGGACGAUGACUAUUCAAAGACUGUCGGUGAUUUGACUCGGCAGCAGGAGCAGGAGAUUUUUGACAAAAUCAUUGCACUGCCACCCGACAGUACCUCCGACUUUGCCACUAGCAUGGGGGCUGACAUAGUUCCCGAUGGGUUCGGGCUCUCCAUUUCUGAUCUUCUUGCGUUGACACCAGAAGAGAGGUGGAAAGACUACGACUUGGCUGUCCGCACCAAAGCCAAGGGGGUUGCUGAAAAACUGCAUCGUGUCGUGCAUUUUAUGGAAGAAGAAGCAGCAGGAGGAACUCCCCCCAAAGACAUCGUUUGGACCCAUGAGGCUACAGACUGCCGAAAUCAGCUCAGUGACGAACAAAAGUCGGAGAUUAUCGAGAAAAUAAACAACCUACCUUCUGAUGGUGUUGCCGAUUUUGUCAAAGCACUUGAGACAAGCAUCAUUCCAGAGGGUUUUGGACUUAGCUUGAUGGAUAUACAAGCAGUAGCCCAUCCGGACAAGUGGCUCAAGGCUAGCCCCGAAACCCGCGAGAAGGCACAAACAGCCUUCACCCGGAUCGAUCGUGUCAUCAGUCAGGCUGAAACAGGCGCCGGUGGGGGUGUUAAGAAGAGAAACUGGGUCUAUUAUCGCUCUGAGGCUGAUGACGUCCCUGACCUAUCUGACGAACCCUCGGCCACGGGGGGGUUGAGGGCUUUCCACUUUGCAGAGCAUGCAAAGGCGACAGAACACCUAGCGACCCUUUGUAACGGUCUACUAGACCAGAGUGCAGAGACUCAAGAGGCUCUUCAGACAGCACUGAGCGCACUGUCCGCCAUUAACCAAAACAUCGAACGUUUCAAUGUCCAGAACGGAUAUCCUGCUGAAAUUGCACAGAUCAAUGUGACGGCCUUCCAGGGACAUUGGCGAUCGCUCUUCGCUCAGUUUCAGGGGAACUUGAGAAGUAAGGAGGCGAAGGUCGCCAUGACCAAGUUUUGCCGGGCAUCAUACUAUCCGGUGGGAUGGAUUUAUAUGCCUCCUGCCGAUGGCCGGCGCUACUUCACAUCAGAGAAUUGGUGGCUUGCCUUGACUUCCACUUUUGCAAAAGACCUUCAAGAGUGGUAUGCCAAUUCCCUAGAAGGCAAAUCUGCAGACUACGACGCGGUGCUCAAGAAAAAACUGGAGUCUUUCAACGCAGAGCUUUCCCAACUGAGUGAUGCCUAUGGAGGAAACCCGACAAACAAACAAGCCACAUUGGCAGAUUCUAUCCGUCUUAUUGAAGAGCUCAAGAACCUCGCAAAGAACAAGGAUCGUUCCGGCUAUGACCUGAAGAUGAAUGAGAUUAAGCAGGCACAAGAGAAUGGAAUUUAUCCAAUCGAAUGGAUGCCACCAGCCAUACAAGAUUCUUACUGGGCUUCGCCACCCCCAAAUAAGGUACCUUCAACAACUUCCCACCCUGCGGCCAACCCACCAAUCAGUUCUCAGCCGCAGCCACCGUCCAGCACGCAGAUGAAUGGACAUUCAGGAGCGAAUUCUGGAGCUACGAGUGCUCCUGCGGCUAGUGGCGGACAACUCAAGGUGAUCAGCGUUCGCCCAAGAGUGGUGAAACGCCGCAUUGAGCCUGGACUGACGGCCACCGGUGAGCCGAUACGCUACAUUCAGAAACUCGGCGAGAAAAGAGCGAAUUUCGUCGUUGAGGGAGCCGAUGGUUCCUAUCGACUGGUGAGCAGCGCAACCGCCGGUGGAGUGCCCGCCCUAGAAGGUGCAGUAACGAAAGGUGUACCUUUCACAGUUCAGCGAGAAGCAGAGAUCCAAAGAUAUAAAGAGCGAGUUAGAAAUGGCGGCGAAUACGGGUGUUUCUUCGUCGCGAUUGGGGAGUUGGACCUUACCAAGGAACGACUGCCAUUCAUCGUUGUGGGGUUCCACCAUUCGGACGGUGUUAACGAGAUCAACGAGGCCAUUUCGAGAUCAAACCUGGGAAAGAUCCUGUCACCCAAGGCCGCUGAUCGAAUGAUCGUCGAAGGAAUAGUUGGACAUCCGAAUAUGACGCUACGAGAGGUGCUAAUGUACCAGAUCUCACUUGCGGCCCCACUUACCAACUACCAUAUGGAACCACCAACAGCCCAGCGAGCACCCCAGCAAUCUGGAUAUGCGCACCUCGGCGGCUUCGAGCAACGCCAGUCUCUGCCAUGGGGAGAGCCAGAGCCUUUGUGGUUCCAAAAGGCUCGUCCCAAGCCAAAGCGGGCCCCAGUUCAGUCUUUUAUGAACCAGCCGGAGUCAUUCGAGCCUGCGAUGUCACAGGCGCAGUACCAGAGGCCUGCUUCUAUGCCGCAGCAAACAAUGGGCUUCAUGCCACAGCAGCAGUUCAGCGGCUUCUUGGGCCAACAGCCAAACGGCCAAUUCCCUUACAUGGGAGGUCCUUAUGGCUUUAUGCAGCCCCAGCCUAUUAUACAAAAGCCCAUCCUCAAUCAAUUCAGCGGCCCCUCAAUUCCAACUAUGAUGCAUCAGAAUAGCGAUGUUUAG